AUGGCUGUGAGGGAGCAAGCGGCAGGCCUUCCCGGGCCCGGGAGGGACGAAGAGGCGGCACUGCUCUUCGAGAGGGCCCAUUACCGGCACGACCCGCGCUGGCUGCUGCCCAUGUCCCCACGCCUCUGCCUGGCCUGCGCGCUGGAGCUGCUGCCGGAGCCUAGCGUAUCGUUGGUACGCAAGAAGCACGUGCUGUCCGGCUUCCGAGAUGCUCUCAUGAGGCAUGCCUCCCUGGUCGUGCAGCUGGUGGCUCAGGAUCAGAGAGUCUGUAUCCACUUCAUAAGCAUGCUUUUCGGACUGUUAUGCAAUGUGGAGGAUGGGAGUAUAACAGACCUCUGUAUUGAAGUCCUCAUCCAGCUUACAACUCAGCUGAAGUUAGAGCAGACCAUUCAUUGCCUGCUGUAUGAGUGUCACAAAGAGCUGUGUAACAUGCCCUCCAUGCGAGGCAGCCUGGCCACCCUGACCCUUCUCGGCAAGUUGGUGGACGCGAUCCCUGCUCUGGCAGACAAGCUUGUGAUGGAGCACAGUGACCUGAUGGAACAUCUGUUGAGAGGUUUAGUAUACCCCAGCGAGGGGGUGCAAGCUUCUGUCUGCUACCUUUAUGGGAAGCUGUACUCCUCACCAGUUGCAGCCGAGAUGCUUUUGGGCCAUUUCCGGGAGAAACUGUGUCCUCUCUUCCUUUCCACCAUGGAUGGUGCCCAGACAAAGGAGCUAAAGAUCAACUGCUUGGGUUUGCUGAGGCAGCUGUUGAAGUAUGACCUCUUUGUGUCCAUGAUCAUGAACAAAUCUUCACUGGUAGAAAGUACUGAGAGCGUUGAAGGGCCACCAGGAGAGACCUCACUGCCUUUGGUGCUCAAAAAGCUUCUCCUUUCCAGAGAUGAGACUCUGCAGGUGGCCAGUGCCCACUGUAUAACUGCAGUACUGGUCCACUCGCCAGCGAAGCACGCCCCAGCCUUCAUCCAUGCUGACAUCCCAGAGUUCCUCUUUGAGCAUCUUUCCUCUUCCAGUGAAGUGCUUGUCUGGUCCAGCUACAACUGCUUGAUACUUCUGGCAGAAGAGCCACUCUUCUUUUCCAAGUGCCACACGGUGUACGGGAUCGAGUCAGUGGUGAGGAGCCUACAGGGAGUCCUGAGGAUGAACAACACGGAGCUGCACAAGCAGGGCCUGCUGCUCUUUGCUCAGAUCCUGACUCGGCAGCCAGAGGAGAUCAAGCUGUUCACAAGCUCAGCCAUGUGCAGAGAUGCUGGCCGUGCCCUCCAAGAGGCAGUGAACAGCCCUGUGCUGGAGGUGGCUGCUGAGGCAGUGAAGGCCAUUUCUGCCUUUCUGAGGAAGGAUCAUCAGAGUGCUCUACCUGUGCUGUACAAGGAGCUGCAGGCCUUGCUCAAAGCCAUGCUGAGUCGGUGUGCGGAUUUUUCCCAGACCCCGCUGAACUGGAGGCCCCUGGGCCAUGCCUCCAGUAGAGAUUUGGAGAAGGCCAUUCUUCGAAGAGGAAGGUUCCUCCUGAUCACUCUGGAGGGAUUUAGAAAUGCCUGCAGGUUGGCUGUGGAAUUCCAGAACGAGCCUUCGGCCCAGGAGAAUCCAUUCACAGCUCCCAGUGCUGAGAAAGAAGACACCUUGGAGGCCUUCUCAGAAUUUCUUCUCAGUGCCUGUGACUCCUUGUGUAUCCCCAUGGUGAUGAGGUACUCGGAACAGGCCACUCAUCCAGCCUUGAUGGAGGUUUUCCUCUCAGUUCUGCACAGCCUUUUUGUCAUCGUCCCCCAUAUGAAGGAGAAAUUCUCCAAGAAGCUUGCUGCCUCAUCCUUCAUACCACUGACCCUGGAACUGAAGGCCAGGUUCUGCAGCGGCCUGAGUCACUCAGCCCUAAACCAGGUGUGUUCCAGUUUCCUCUACUACGUGUGCAUCAACCUCCUCUCAGCUCCAGAGAAGACAGGACCACCUUCCCAAGAAGAACUCUCUGCAGUGUCUGAGCUUCUGCAGCAUGGGCUGCCCCGUAUAAGCAGCAGGAGCCCUGAAAGCCUUGCUUUCCUGUCGGAUCGCCAGUAUGUGGAGGGAGCCACUCGCCAGAGACAGUACUGCAUCCUGCUCCUCUUCUACCUGGCCUACAUUCACGAGGACAGGUUUGUCUCAGAGGCGGAGUUAUUCGUGGCUGUGCGAAGCUUCCUCUUGUCUCUGCAGGACCAGGGUGAAUGCCCUCCACUGGUGGUCUUCAGAGCUUCCAUCUAUCUACUUGCAAUCUGCCAGGACAAAGACGGUGCGCUAGAUGAGGCUGUGGUUGGCGCCAUCAGAAAAUUACUAGAGGGCAUCCCGGACCUGCACCUAGUCUACACCCACCACCCCCUCCUGCUCAGGUUAUUCCUGUUGUAUCCAGAGCUGAUGAGUAGGUUUGGGCACCGUGUCCUGGAACUUUGGUUCUCCUGGGAAGAGAGCAUCUGUGAGGAGCUGGAUGAUGUCGCCUCUGCUGGGCAGCCCACCCUUCCCGCCAGCUUAGCAGCCCUGUUUCAUGUGCUCAGAAGCAGCCCCAGCACCCUGCUCAUUUUGCUAGACCUCAUCUAUUCCAGUCCAGUGGACACAGCCCGCAAGGUACUGAUCGUCCUGAGGACCUUUUUGAGGAGGAAUGAGGAUGUCCAAGUGGGCGGUCUCAUCCGAGGCCACUUCCUGCUGAUCCUACAGCAUCUGCUGGUGGAACAUGGGUCCUCCCCAUCAGAAGCCUCAGGGAACCUGCCUUUGCUGCUGAGCCUCCUUUCCUUAGUGCAGCUGAGGAACGAGUCAGAGCAAGAACUGGACAGCAUGGCCAUGAAGCUCCUUCACCAAGGUGCUCUGGCUGCUUGGGACGGUGCCUGA